AUGGAUGCUGAGAAGCAUCCACCAUCGGAGCCGCCGCUUGAAUCUGGUUCUACAACGCCACUUCAACACGUCUCCGGCCGUACUCCUCGCAGCGCAACUUCAGACGAUAGCAUAGGCAGUGAUGCCACCGAAACUGAAGGCGGAAUUCCGCAGGAACUUCCGUCAUUGAAAACUCCCAAACACAUUCAAUACAACACAGAUCUCGAGAAGGGCCCGGGCGGCUCUCAGUCUGAAAAUUUACAGGCGGCCGUUCAACAUGUAGACUCAAAUCUGGUGGACUGGGACGGACCGUCAGACCCGGAGAACCCCAUGAAUUGGGGCCUCGCGAAGAAAUGGUACAUAACCAUGAUGAUGUCGGCAAUGACGUUUUGCAUCACGUUUUCCAGCAGUGUGUUCAGUCAGGCAACUGCUGUCACAGCGAAGGUUUAUGGCGUUUCGACAGAAGUAACCACAUUGGCAACGAGCUUUGUUGUUUUGGGAUUCGCACUUGGCCCGCUGGUAUUCGGGCCGCUCUCUGAGCUGUACGGUCGCCCAAGACCUCUUUUUGUUGGGUUUAUUAUCUCUGCAAUAUUCCAGAUUCCUGUAGCUGUUGCUCAGAAUAUAGAGACGAUAUUGAUAUGCCGGUUUUUUAUUGGAAUGUUUGGCUCUGCAGCCAUGGCGAUUGUGGGCGGAGUUCUCGUGGAUCUAUGGGAUCCCGUUAGUCGAGGAAUAGCUGGCGCUACAUUUGCCUCGUCUACGUUUAUUGGUCCGAUAGCAGGACCUAUUGUUGGCGGGUUUAUUGUCCAUUCGCACCUUGGAUGGCGCUGGACCGCCUGGAUCACGCUCAUCUUAAAAGCCGUCAUAGGCUGCAUUUGUGUGCUCACGAUACCUGAAACCUUCGGCCCAUUGUUAUUGCAGCGCCGCGCUGCUCGUCUUCGAAAGGAGACUGGCAACCCGGCCCUUCGCACGGCCCUCGAUGACGCCCGCCCCACGAUGCAAGACAUCUUUUCAAAAUACUUUAGUCGUCCGUUGAAAAUGCUCGUACUGGAACCCAUCCUCCUGCUAAUCACUCUCUAUCUUGCGAUCACAUAUGGAAUCCUUUACCUCUUCUUCUUCGCCUACCCAAUCUCGUUCCAAGAAGUUCGUGGCUGGAAACACCCUGGCGUCGCUGCGCUACCGUUCAUAGGACUCUUCAUUGGGAUCCUCGCUGGCUGUAUGUUUGUCGUUUACUUCACGAGAACACGCUUCGCGCGUAAGAUGCGAGAAGCAGGAUCCGUUGUGCCCGAAGAGCGUCUCCCGCCAAUGAUCGCGGCCGCCUUUAUUCUUCCUGCAGGCCUCUUCUGGUUCUCAUGGACCUCCUCUCCUACAAUUUCCUGGGUUCCGCAAGUGAUUUCUGGGAUACCCACUGGCUUCGGAAUAAUCGUUAUCUUCUUACAGGGGCUCAAUUAUCUUACGGAUAUAUAUAUGAUGUUCACGAAUUCUGCGUUUGCGGCCAACACGCUUGUUCGGAGCGGGUUCGGCGCCGCGUUCCCGCUGUUUGCGGCGCAGAUGUUCCAUAAGCUAGGUGUCCGGUGGGCAGGCAGUCUUUUGGGGUUUUUGACCGUGGCCAUGAUUCCGGUGCCGAUGCUGUUUUAUGUGUACGGGAAUAAAAUCAGGGCGAUGAGUCGGUUCAGCCCAAAGUUAUAG